AUGGCAGUAGCGAGCGUUGUUUUGGGGGCUUCCAGCGUGAUUGCCAUCGAGUCGACGCUUGCCCUGGCCCCAUUUGUUUUUUCUGCGGGGGCGCGAGCCUCAUCUCGGAACCGGUUCGAAAACGGCCUUCACGCGGUGUCGAACGGGCGAAAGCGACCCCGAAGGAAUUCUCGACCGAGGACGAUCGAGGGCGACGGAGGACAACCGAGGACGACGGAGGACGACCGAGGACGACUGAGGGCGACCGAGGACGACGGAGGACCUGCGGUCGACCGCUUCGCAUGGGCGUGUUCGCUCGCCGUCCUCUCACCGACCGCGAGGCCUGGAAGCGACAGCAGCCCCCUCGGUCCGGAGGAGAAAAUGACGAGUCCAGAGGUGCUAUUAGGCAAUGGAGGGCGUCAGAUGGACAUCUCGUUCAGUGUCGAAGACAUCUACGGCUGUUUUUGUGAUCGUAGCGGCUGCAAGCCCCGUUCGAAAGGGGGGAAUCCGGACGUGGAUAACCCGUUACUGGAAACGAUCAGCGUGAUCGAAGACUUCGAUUCCGACGACUUCUAUGCCGAGAAGGAUUCGUCCGGUUAUGCCGGGUCCUGUUCCAUCGACUCCGGUUACAAGAGUGCCUGCCCCACACCGGACCUCGUUUCUUACGCCGAACAGGGUCCUCAAGGGCAAGGUCAUGGACCCCGACCGCGGAUCCCGAUGGGAACCAAGGUCAUGUGUCGAUCGUCUCUCGACGAUUUCUCCGCUUUCAAACAGACCCUCGCGAGUGCCAUUCAACAGACCACGACGACGAAGACAGUGCAGGAUGUGGAACCGUACCUGGUGACCCCGUUGGAGAUGAAACCUCCGCUGCCCCCGAAAGGGGAAUUGCGGCGCAAGGUCAUUCCCCUUGACCUCGGUCUACCCCCGAAGAAGCCAGAGAUGGCUUCGUCCAAGAUGGUUCGGUUCAAUCCGAAAGUGGACUCGGAUGAUCUCGAGGAGAAGCAGGUUCUACCGAGUUUUAAGUCCAAAACGAAACCCAUCCUGAGGGACAGGUUAUGUGAGGGGUUAAGACGGAGGUUUCGCGAUACCCCACCCGAAGACGGAACCAUGCCCAUGUUAGAGGAGGAAAUCGACACUCUUCUGUAUGGCAAAACCCAUCCACCUCUUCCCAGGCCCGACGACGUUCCUUCAGGAUCGAAGUCGUUGAAGAAAUGGGAGACGUCGACGAACCUGCACGGCAGCAACGCGAUCUUCUCCAUCGAGGACUUGGUCUCCAGUGUGUGCAGUGCACAAAGAAACCAAAGGAACCGUUUUGAAGAAGCCGCAGCAGAAGAGGAGGCGGAAUGUGACUAUCACGUCUACGAAGAGAUCAUGUACGGAAUGACGAGGGAGAGGAGCGUGACGCCUCCGCCUCCCCUUCCGGCCCGACCUCCGAAUUUCAUCAAAUGCAGUGAAGUGCCAAAACAGAGGAACAACCUCUAUCUCAUCUUCGGGGACCAAAAGGCCCGGAAAUCCAUCGCGGAAUCCCUCGCUAAGGAAUCCCAACAUACCAGUGACGAAUACGGGUUCCCGCUCCCCCAGGCCCGUGAUUGACUUUCUGGUGAAAAGUAAUCUCAUUUUCUGCUUCUAUUUCGUCUCGGG